ACAUGCCCCUGCCUAUAUAAUUUCGUCAUUAUUCUUCACGAUCGCUCGCUGCCUCGCUCGGUUUCAUCUUCCUUUUCUCCUCUGAGAAUCCCUCUCUGCACACCCGCAUAGAGAGAGAGAGAGAGAGAGAGAGAGAGAGAGAGAGAGAGAGAGAGAGAGAGGGAUGGGGACUCUGGGACCGAGAUCGGUGGUGGGCGUCCAAGAAGAAGAUGAUGCGGGAGGAGUAGUGCUUCCGCCGCAAGAUCACCAUCAGAAGGAGCUCGACGCUGGCGCUCUCUUCGUUCUCAAAUCUAAAGGCUCAUGGCUUCACGCUGGAUACCAUUUGACCACGUCAAUCGUGGCACCAGCUCUUCUGAGCCUUCCCUAUGCUUUCACCUUACUUGGAUGGGUGGGCGGGAUCAUUUGCUUGAUCAUAGGAGCGCUCGUGACCUUCUACUCCUACAACCUCAUAUCACUCGUCCUGGAGCACCAAGCCGAGAUGGGCAAUCGGCAUUUGCGGUUCAGAGACAUGGCUCACGACAUCAUGGGGCCGAGAUGGGGGAAGUUUUACGUCGGUCCAAUCCAAUUCAUGGUCUGCUAUGGUGCUGUCGUUGCUUGCACCCUUCUGGGAGGGGAAUGCUUGAAGACGAUCUACUUGCUGUCCAAGCCAGAUGGGACGAUGAAGCUUUAUGAGUUCGUCAUAAUAUUCGGGUGCUUGAUGUUAGCCCUAGCUCAAAUACCAUCCUUCCACUCGCUCAGGCACAUCAAUAUGGUGUCCUUGGUUUUGUCCCUUCUCUACAGUGCUUGUGCCACUGGCGGCUCCAUUUACAUCGGGCUUUCGUCCAAGGGGCCCGAGAAGGACUAUUCCUUGGUAGGGGACACUACAAGUCGCACCUUCGGCAUCUUCAAUGCCAUUGCCAUUAUAGCAACGACAUAUGGGAAUGGGAUUAUUCCUGAAAUUCAGGCCACGUUGGCGCCUCCAGUGAAGGGGAAGAUGUUCAAGGGGCUGUGCGUGUGCUACGCCGUGGUCGUGGUCACUUUCUUUAGCGUCGCAAUCUCCGGUUAUUGGGCUUUCGGCAACCAAGCAGAAGGGCUUCUCCUCAGCAACUUCUUGGUUGACGGGAAGGCGCUGCUUCCGAAAUGGUUCAUUUUGAUGACCAACAUGUUCACCAUUCUCCAAUUGUCAGCUGUUGGUGUAGUUUAUCUGCAGCCUACUAAUGAAGUUCUCGAGAAGACGUUCGCAGACCCCAUGAGUGCGGAAUUCUCUACACGAAACGUCAUACCUCGCCUGAUCUCUCGGUCGCUAUCAGUCAUUGUGGCAACAACAAUAGCAGCAAUGCUCCCCUUCUUUGGAGACAUCAAUUCUCUGAUUGGAGCAUUCGGAUUCCUGCCUCUCGACUUUGUCUUGCCCGUGGUCUUCUACAACUUGACGUUUCAGCCAUCAAGACGAAGCCUCAUUUUCUGGCUGAACAUCACUAUUGCCGUAGUGUUCUCGACAGUGUCGGUUAUUGCAGCUGUUGCGGCGGUUAGGCAAAUAGCCAUCGACGCGGAUACGUACCAGUUAUUUGCUAAUGUGUAAACAGAUGUAUAUUGUUCUCCGAAGCUGGUUCAAUUAUAAUAAUGCAGAUAUUAGCCCCCGUUCAGUGAAACCAGGACACCAAUUAGUCCGCCACUCACACCGAAA